GAACGGUCGCUGGGCACGGGAGUAUGACUUUUCCUAAACCUCGUAUCCCACCCGGUGAUCAAGAAAAUGGUCUAACGAUAACUAGAGGUCCAACCAAACAAUACCCAUGCGCAGGUAAUAAAAAAGCAAAAACCCUUACCAGUUUUCGAUCCGGUCAACUCGUAAACGUUAAAUGGGAGAUCGGAGCUGCACAUCGUGGUUCAUGUGCUAUUGAACUCUCAACAAAUGGAAAGGAUACAGAUUUCAAAGUUCUUCAAACAAUUGACGAUUGCGCUGAUAAGACAGGAAAAAAUUUUAGUUCCAAAGUUAAAUUGCCAUCAAACGUUAGUUGUAAAUCAUGUACUUUGAGGUUUCGUUGGGAAGCAGAAAUCACUAAGGAACUUUAUCUUAAUUGUGCUGAUAUUGGAAUUAAUAGUAAAAACAAAACCAAUAGUAAACGAAGGAUGUUUUUUUAA